GAUAAAAUCGUGGGGAUGAACGAGCCUCGCGAACGCAUCAUGCAGGCCAUUCGGCUGAGUGAAACAACGCCCGACGUGCCCGUCAAACCGCUGCUGCUAGAGGGCCCGCCUGGUACGGGCAAGAGCUUUUUGGCGACGUGCAUCGCCGCCGAACUGCAGCGCGAGGUCGUGGAGAUCAAGACGCACGACGUGCUGAGCCACCGACUCGGUGGAACCGAGUCCCAGGUCCGCGCGUACUUCGAGCGCGCUGCGCGGGUCAAGCCCUUGCCAGCGCUCGUGGUCAUCAACGAGUUUGAAAGCUUGUGCCCGAAGCUAAAGGACUCGAGCGAAAGCUGGCACUCGACGCUGCGUCAGUGCUUCCUCACGCUCUUCGACGACACCAUCGACCCCGCGUCCAUGUUGUGCGGAGUCCGCGUGGUCCUGACGACCAACUUCGUAGACAACGUCGACCCCGCA